UAUUCCAGGCUGUUGGCUACUUCCGGCUCUGCUGUGAUUGGCCAGGUUGGGGAGAGAGGAAAUAAAACAUUGAUGGUUCUUCCUCAUCAGCCUGUGGAUGCUCUGCUAGCUGUGUGCUCAGCUGUUUGGCAGUAACGCUUCAUUCUCAAAGGAGAGGGGGACCUACCAACCGCAAACAUGUCAAGCAAAAGGGCCAAGGGAAAGAACACCAAGAAGCGUCCUCAGCGUGCCACCUCCAAUGUGUUCGCUAUGUUUGACCAGUCUCAAAUUCAGGAGUUCAAGGAGGCCUUCAACAUGAUUGACCAAAACAGAGAUGGUUUUAUUGACAAAGAAGACCUUCAUGACAUGCUGGCCUCAUUAGGUAAGAACCCCACAGAAGAGUACCUGGAGGCAAUGAUGAAUGAAGCACCAGGCCCAAUCAACUUCACAAUGUUUCUGACCAUGUUUGGAGAGAAGCUGAACGGCACUGAUCCCGAGGACGUGAUCCGUAACGCUUUUGCCUGCUUUGACGAAGAGGGCACUGGUAUGAUCCAGGAGGAGUACCUGCGGGAGCUGCUCACUACGAUGGGAGACAGGUUUACGGAUGAAGAAGUGGACGAGCUCUUCCGAGAGGCGCCCAUCGACAAGAAAGGCAACUUCAACUAUGUAGCAUUCACACGCAUACUAAAGCACGGCGCCAAAGACAAAGACGAUUAGCGACAGAGGCGACUCUGGAGAAGGUUUAUUCUGUACUUUACGUGUAUCUUUAAUGGGUCUCCACUUAGAACAGCUAUAUCCUGUUAUGUGGCUCAUGAUAAGCUUCACUGUGGUAAAGCUCACUGAAGGUCAUUUGUUUAAGCUGCUUGUUGGACCAUACCUGGACCCCCCCCUCUACCCCCCUCAACCCAACUCCUCAACCCUACAGUACUCUGAAAGCUCAUUUGCACAUCUGUGAAAACACCACUAAAUGGUCUGUAUAAGCUAGUAAAGAUGUAUGAAAAGACCCCCAUAGAUAAAGCUGGAAAUAAACUGCAACAAGGAGUCUGUUACUGCGACUGGUUUGGUUUUACUGAAUCAUUUGUAUUUUGUAGGAAAUUAAAGAGAUGAAAUCACCAA